UCAGUCUUCAUCCAGAUGACUGUGACUCAAGAUCGGCAGAUGACCUAUGUCAAAAUGAGAAGGCUUGUGUCAUUUUUCUCUGCUUUGCUUAAGGGGAAGAAAGCUGACUUCACUGACUUAUUACACAAGCUUGUUUCCAGUCAACAACUCUGUCAACGUCUGGACACUCAGAAAAUCCUGCGUCGACAGAGCAAGCUGAGAAAAGAGAAGGAGGAGGAAAGCACUGUGAUCUCAGUGAACACAGAAUCCUCUCCGAUGAAGCCGUCAGACUUUGACUACCUCAAGGUUAUUGGCAGAGGAAGCUUUGGAAAGGUGCUGCUGGCAAAACAUAGAAAACAGGGAGGCUACUAUGCUGUGAAAGUGCUGCAGAAAGAGCUGAUUGUCAAGAGGAAAGAGCAGAAGCAUGUGAUGGCUGAGAGGAGUGUACUGCUGAAGGCGCUGCAACAUCCAUUCCUGGUGGGACUCCACUUCUCUUUCCAGACACCAAAGACUCUCUACUUUGUCCUGGACUAUGUUAAUGGAGGGGAGCUUUUCUACCACCUUCAGAGGCAAGGGUCAUUUUCUGAACACAGAUCUGCUUUUUAUGCUGCAGAGAUUGCCUCGGCACUCGGCUACCUCCACUCUCUUAACAUUGUAUACAGAGACCUCAAACCAGAGAAUAUCCUGCUAGACAGUGAGGGUCAUGUGAUGCUGACUGACUUUGGACUGUGUAAAGAAGGUGUGUCCAUAGGUGGGAUCAUGCAUACAAUCUGUGGGACUCCUCAGUACCUUGCUCCAGAGGUGCUACAAGGCCAUCCAUAUACUCCAGCAGUGGACUGGUGGGGUCUCGGCGCUGUGCUUUUUGAGAUGCUCUACGGAUUGCCACCAUUUUAUAGUCGCAGCAGAGCUAAGAUGUUGGAGAAUAUACUUCAUGCUCCUCUGCUGCUGCUGCGUGGUGGUGUCUCACAGGCUGCGUGCUCACUGUUACAGAGCUUGCUAGAAAGGGAUGUCUCCAAACGCUUAGGGGGGAGCCAUGACCUUGUAGAGCUGCAGGAACAUCCCUUCUUUGCCUUCAUCAAUUGGGAUGACCUUCUGGCCAGGAAAGUUACACCCCCGUUCAUUCCAAAGACGACUGGGCCCUGUGACAUCACCUACAUCGACCCAGGGUUCACGCUACAACCUGUCCCUGCCUCAGUGGAUGAGCGGUGCCAGACAGGCGGGACCAGUGAGCUUUUCCCAGGAUUCACCUUCACACACCAAAUGGAGGACAUGGCAGCACAGCUGAUUUCAUAACAACAUCAAAUCAUCU